AUGUCGCGCCCGAUCCGCCGAUUGAAGGUUGUGACGGGCCAUACUACCGCUCUACGGACCUCAGCUUGUGGAAGCGAGGAUGUCGACCUCGACAGCCUGGCCUAUGGGUUCAUGGCUUCGCAGGCUCUCUUUGCCGCGCUGGAACUGGGCGUCUUCGAUUACCUGGCGAAGGGCCCGCAACGCGUCUCCGACUUGGCAGAAGGGUGCGGGGUGCCCUGCAAUCGCCUGCAGACUUUGUUGACAGCGCUCGUGGCAGCAAAGUGCUUGCGCCGAGACGAAUCACAGCUCUACAGUAAUUCGCCGAAUGUUCAAAAGUUUAUGGUGUCGACUUCAAAGGCGUACUAUGGUGACUAUUUCAAACAUCAGGUGGGUGGCUUGUUUUAUGCCCGGAUGGGGCAGCUGGCAAAAGUGCUGAGGGGAGAGGAGGUACUCGACUACUCCCAGUGGUUCUCGGAUCCAGCAGUGGCCUCCCUCUAUACGUCCGCACAGCAUAAUGGCAGCCUAGCCACAGCGAAGUCCCUCUUCAGAAAGGUUUCGCUUGCAACGACCGGUCGGAUGUUGGAUGUCGGCGGAGGCAGCGGCGCUUUCUCCCUGCAGGCCGCCCAAAUGAACCCAGAGUUGAGGGCCACCGUGCUGGAUCUUCCGGAGGUCUGCCGCGUUGGAAGAAGCCUAAUGGAGCAAGCUGCAUCACCAGAGAAGUCCAGAGUUGGCUUCAAGGAGUUGGAUGCCACUUCUCCCGCCUGGCCCGUUGAAGCAGAGUCUCAAGACCUUGCUCUCAUGUCUUACCUUUGUGGCUCAGUGCCAGAGGAUGUGAUUGCUCAGUUGUUUCAAAACGCCUUCCGAGUGCUCCGCUCGGGUGGCCGUCUGGUUGUGCAUGACUUCAUGGUGGACGACACCAGAGAUGGCCCCACCUUGGGAGCCUACUGGGCACUGCAGCACGUCACUGUAAAUCCCACAGGGCUGGGCUUAGCCCCCUGCGACAUAAGCUCGCGCAUGAAGGCCGCAGGCUUUGACCACGUGGAGGUUUUUGACAUGAUUGCAGGCAUGACCAAGGUCGUGCUUGCUACAAAGCCCUGA